AUGAAGUUCCCAGGCGGAUGUUACUGCGGGAAGGUCCGGUAUGAGAUCGACCUAGAGGACAAAGAUCAAGCUAGAACGAGUUUAUGCCAUUGCCGGAACUGCAAGAAAUUCACUGGUGGCCCGUUCGGCAUCACGACCAAGAUUCCAAAGUCAAGCUACAAGGUCACCGCAGGCCAGGAGGUAAUCAAGACCCACGAGGCCGACAAUGGUGCCGGAGUCAUUCUGCAUCGCGAAUUCUGUUCAGAGUGUGGCAGCGGGCUUCUGGAGUAUGGGGCAAACGCGGGAGACAACAUCUACAUCUUCUACGGCACUCUUGACCAUCCCACAGAACUUCCACCAAAGGGCGAGUUCUUCUGCAGCAAGCGGGAUUCGUGGAUGCCCGAAGUCCCUGGUAUCUUCCACAAGCAGAAGAUUCAGGAGUAG